CUCAGUCUCGUAGAAUCUCGCCAAUUAGAUGUUCUCGCGAUUUGCGAGACCCACAACCCCUCGCGCCGACCGAAAUCUGCCUCUUUUCGCCGACAUCUUGGAUCGGUAACAGUAGCCACCAUGGUGCGUAUGAACGUGCUGGCUGAUGCGCUCAACGCCAUCAACAAUGCGGAGAAGCGUGGCAAGCGUCAGGUGAUGCUGAGGCCCAACUCAAAGGUCAUUGUCAAGUUCCUGACUGUCAUGAUGAAGCAUGCCUACAUCGGUGAGUUUGAGAUCGUGGACGACCACCGAGCCGGCAAAAUCGUGGUGAACCUGAACGGCCGGAUGAACAAGUGCGGCGUGAUCAGCCCCCGCUACGACGUGGCCGUGCGAGAUCUGGAGCGGUGGCAGACCAGACUCCUGCCCUCCAGACAGUUUGGUUACAUUGUGCUGACCACGUCUUCAGGUAUCAUGGACCACGAGGAGGCCAGGAGAAAGCACACGGGAGGGAAAAUCUUAGGCUACUUCUUCUGAUCCAGUCUGAACAAGGAACACCUGCUCUGCUGAGGUCCUCACAGACACUCAGAACAAAAAUAAUAAAAAUCUCACAUGUAGACCA